AUGCUCGCAUCGCAGCUGUUUCAUUCUAUAAAUGAUAUCCGUUCUCUGGUCAACAUGCACGUUAACGCAGAGCAUUGGAAUGACGCUUUUGCAAUUGCAUCGAGGUACCCAAAAUACACAGAAGAGGUUUAUUUGCCCUACGCUCGCUGGCUGGCUGAAAGCGAUCGUUUUGAUGAGGCCCAGAAAGCGUACCAUUUGGCUGGACACGAUGUUGAAGCGCUAUGGGUGCUAGAGCAACUUACUGAAAAUGCUAUUAGAGAAAAUCGUUUUCUGGAUGCGGGUUAUUAUCACUGGAUGCUGAGUAUCCAGUAUUUGGAGCGGAGUUCAACAAAUCCCCAAUUUUUGGAGAAAUUUUCGGAGUGCAGUAAGAAAGCAGAUUGCUACUAUGCAUUUGAUGUUAUCCAUAAGUAUCUGGCCGAGCCUUUCACGAGCUCUCCUGCUGAAGCAUUGGUCAAUAUCGCUCGUUAUUUGGCGUUUCAGGAAGAAAUUUACAAAAUAUCACGAGUGAGUAUACUGUACACACUGCUGAAGCAAGGACAAACGUUGGGUGCAUAUAAAUUAGCUCGAUACUCACUGGAACAACUAAGUCAUUUGAAUGUUCCACUACGUUUUGAAAAGCUCAUUGAAUCUGCUGCACUGAUGAUUAGAUCGAAGCCGUUCACUGAUGCAGAUGACUUAUUGCCGAUGUGCUACAGAUGUGGAAUGUCGAAUCCGCUUGUUGGUGGCAAUGAAUGCAUACAUUGCAAAACACCAUUCAUUUUAUCGUUCAUGAAUCUAAAAACUGGAAAGAUUGUGGCGAACCGUGAAACGUUGUUAAAUUUGGAUAGGCGGCAAGUGAUAGUGGCCGAAUGGCCACCACCUCUUUUUACUCGUUUUUAUUACAAUAUCAUACCGGAAAUAUCAAUAUCACAGUGCAGUUCGUGUCAUCACAUGUUUCAUGCAGAUGAUUUCGAGAUGGCUUGCCUCAAAACCGGUGCUUGCCCAUUUUGUCAUGUGGUGCAGCAGAAGAGGACAGAUUUCGACAUCAACGAUGAGGGCGACCUAGAAUGA